AUGUUCAGAAGUAUUUUAGAUUGUUUAACAGCAGCAAAUGAACUAAUUCUUCCAAAAUUAGCAGGAUUUAUUGAAUCAUAUCUUGUUAAAAAACAUUCAUCAUGGAUAAAAGAACAUCCAAUUGAGACAUUAACCAUAGCAUUUCAAAAUGAUGAUUGGAAAAGCCUUCAAGAAUUUUGUAUUUUAGCAAUAUAUUCUAACUUGCCUGAUGGAAUGGAAAAUUGGAAACAAAGAGAUUUUGAUAGUUUGGAAAGGAUUUUACAUAAUUUCAUACCUUUUAUUCGAUUCUUUCAUAUGACCACCAAGGAAUUUGAUAAUAAAGUGUCUCCUUACAGACCAAUAUUCCCAAAUGAAUUGUAUGAAGAUAUUUUAUGGCAUUUUAUUAAACCUGAUCGACCUAAAAAGAAUCCUAUUCCUCCUAAAAGACAUCAUCCUUAUUCCAGAGAUAAAAUGCCAGAUUUUGCAAAAAUAACUGCAUAUAAAACAGCAUCUUCAAAAUAUGAUAUUGUUAAUACAACUAGAGAUACUAAUACAUCUCAUGUUUCUGUAAUCAAGUCUAUUGCUGACUUAUUUAAUUUUAAGUCAAGAACAAAUGUAAUAGUUAGAGAGGUUGAUCCAGAAUUAGUCGAAGCUGAAUAUGUUGAAUUCACUUUUCGAGAUCAAUAUAUAGGUAGAAGUGAUAUGUGGAGACUUAGACUUAGUUUAAACGACACUUGUGUUUAUGUCGGUAAAAGAAUUGAGUUUGCUGGGUGCAUACGUGCUCAAAUAAAAAGAAUUUUUGUUAAAGGUGAACAGGUUUCAUGUGGAUACGUAACAGAUAAUACUAAACCAAUUUUUAGAUCAGAAUCUGCAAAACUUUUUAUAUUUGUUCAAAUGUCAAGGGAAAUGUGGGAAUUUGAUGAUGAUGGUGAACUGUUUUUUGAGAAAGCUGUUGAUGGAUUUUUCACUGAAUUAUUUCAUAAUUGGAAACUGUUGGGUACAAAUCAUGUUAUUUCAAUUGUAUUGUUUUCCAGAAUUUUUUAUGAUAAUGAUGAUUUGGAAAAUGAUCCAAAUCUGAAAGAUGAUCCUUCGUUAAGAGUGGAUUAUGAGUCUAGGUAUUGUAAAGAUUUUUAUAAAGUUAUAGUGGAUUGGGAAACAAAAUCUGAUUGGUCAACUACAUUGGUUUCUUUAAAAGAAGAAUUGUUAAGGUAUCAACGGAAUAUUCUGUUAAGGGAAAAACAUUGUUCAGAUGGCGGAAAUUACCAAAUACUAUUAGGCAAGAAUUCUUAUGCGUUCGAAGGAAAUAUCUUGGAAGCUAUUAAUUUAGCAUUGAAUCCUUUUGAUAAACAUUAUGUUGACAGAGAUUUGCUUAGAACAGGUUUAUCAAUAGUAAUAGUUACACCAGGAUGCGGCAGAUUUGACGUAGAUAAAAAAUUAUUGAGAAUAACAACUGAAAGAAUGAUAGAUAACGGUAUUGGAAUGGAUUUAGUAUGCUUGUCAAAAAUACCUUUACACACUGUUCCAUUAUUUAAAUUCAAGUCAAAAGAACUAUUAAAAAUUCCAUCAUUUGAAUUGAAUGAUCAGAAAUCAAUAGGAAAUAUGAAUAAUGGACAUGGUGGAUAUGGUGACAUUAUUAAAUUAGAAUCAAGAGAUCCAUUAAAUUAUGAUGAUGAUAACGAUCCAAAUUAUGUUUAUCAAUCAUAUUAUAAAAAACCAAAUUGGAUUGAUUGUAGUUUCUAUCACAGGAAUCAGGAUAAACCCUUUAAACCUGAUAAGUUUGUUACGAGAUGUAGAAUGUAUGAAAUACAAAUGAUGGGAAUUAUGGAACAUGAAAUAUCAUCAAUCUUAAUUCCAUACUUGAUCGAAAAUAUUGAUGCAAAAUUAACCUUAAAACCCAAGAAUAAACCAUUAAAAGAUAAUAUUGAAAAUGACAUGUAUUUAAAAGCAUCAUCUUCACUACACCCUAAUGAUUAUACAAGUCCUAUAAGUAAAUCGCCGGAUCUCUCACAUCCGCGAAAAUCCCAAAAUGAUUAUUUAAUAUCCACUCGAUCAUCAUCGUCAAGAGGUCAUAGUAAUGAACUAUCAAGGAGCUUACCAAAAACAUUAAGUUUUGAUCAUAUAAUGGCGCCUUUUACUCAUUUGGAAUUGAAUCGUCAAAUUCCACAGUUUUUCAAAUCAAAAUUAUCAGGCAUAUCUUUGAAACGAGAUAAAAUUAUAAGAUCCAAUUCGCAAACAUCACACGACGAUAUUAGAACAGAUGAUGACGAUGUUACAGUAGUCACUUCAAGUACAGUCAGGCCAAUUUCCAUAAAAUCACCAACAUCUUCAUCAAGAUAUUUACAAAGAGAUACCCAUCACCGAGAGCUUUCACCCUCACCAACCAGCAGUCAUCAUGAAUCAACUAAAAGUUCAUGUGUAAGUGAGAAGGGAAAAAAUUUUAUUAAACAAUCACCCGGUAAAACAUUACCAACACGACAAAUUUAUAAACAUAACACCAUUAAUCCAAGUAAUCCGUCAAAAAAUCAAAAUAAACUAUCGAAUUUCAGCUCAUAUUUGAGAAGAUGGGAACAUGUGUUUCCAAAAACUUUAUCAAUCAAUAAAUUAAAAUGGCAAUCUAUUU